GCUGCCUUUUGUGUGUAAUGUUUUCAAUGAUUUAUGUGGGUUGCAGUAUUGUGAUAUUGCAAGUUUUCAAAUAAAUCCCCUCCUCCAGUGCGUUCAAUUACAUCAUGUGUGAACAAUUUGGAAGAGCACGUCAGUACUAAAACUGGGUGGAUGCUUGCACAGUUAUGAGGAGGACAAGUAAGAUACAAAUCCAUUUACCAACCCUGUUUAUAUUCAGCUGGAUCUUUGCGUUGCCGUGCAUAUUUCAUUCCUCUGGCACAGCUGCAUCAUGUAUCCGUUACCGCUGGCCGUUUGCCUGCUGUCUCUCUUCUUCACUGUAAACUGCUCCAUCAAGAAGGGACGCAACUACACCAUUCAUUCAUCUCAGCUUAGCUGCAGUUUGCCGGGCCCUCAGGGUCCUCCAGGGAGUACGGGUGCAGCAGGUCCCAGUGGCAAUGUAGGUAAGAUGGGCAUGCCAGGUAUCGAUGGACAGGAUGGCAAAGACGGUGACAAGGGUGAGAAGGGACAGAAAGGUGAGCAGGGUCGUCCUGGGAAUCCUGGAAAACUUGGACCACAAGGGCGCCCUGGAAUUUUGGGAAAGGCAGGGCCUAGGGGCCUGAAGGGGGUGCGAGGAGCGCCUGGUGAGCCUGGGGUCGUCGGGACAAAGGGAGAGACAGGAGAUGCGGGAGAGACUGGUGCCGCUGGAAGAUGUAACUGUGGUGCAGAUGCACGUUCUGCUUUCUCAGUGGCAGUAACCAAGAGCUAUCCCAAGGAACGCAUACCUAUCCGCUUCAACCGGAUUUUAAUGAACGAGGGUGGGCAUUACAAUGCCACUACGGGCAAGUUUAACUGUGCAAUUCCCGGUGUGUAUUACUUUACAUAUGACAUCACGUUGGCUAACAAGCACCUGGCAAUCGGGCUCGUCCACAACGGCAAGUACAAGAUCAGAACAUUUGAUGCCAACACAGGAAACUAUGAUGUGGCUUCAGGUUCAACGAUACUCAGACUGAAGAAAGGAGAUAAGGUUUGGCUUCAGAUCUUCUAUUCAGAACAAAAUGGACUAUUCUUUGAUCCAUUCUGGACUGAUAGCCUUUUCACAGGUUUUCUUAUUUAUGCUGAUCAGGUUGCUUCAGAUAAAGUCAAUGUGAUGACCACUUCUGGAUCAUCUUGAUUAAGACUUUCGCUUUGUUUGUUUUUUGGUACAUUUUGUCUUUUUACCUUAUCAGAUGACCCCCAGUCCAAAUCAAUAACAAAGCUGAUUAUUAGACCUCACUGAGGAGGGGGAUAGAAGAGGACAUAGUUCAUAAAGAUAAAUAUUGAUUAAAUAACACAGAUUACAAAACACACCACGGUUGAAAAAACUGAUGAAAUUCUUGGAAGCCAAUGCCACAUCAUCACCCCAUUCUUGUUGCUUCUUCAAGACAGUAGUUAAAAUAAAUAAAUAUAUUUAUAUUAUAAACUUUUAUUAAAGAUAUGCAAGUCAUUUUAGAAAACUUGGUUUGUUGAUAUUCUUUAUUUAAUAUGUCUAAUAUUUUUUUCAUAUCUGGUUCAACAGGUUUACUAUGACUUUCCCUUCUUGAAACAAUUUGUCUAGAUUUGUCUACCCCCCCCCCCCCCCAUUAUGAUUUUUGUCCAAAACAUGCUGAUAACAUUUGAUCAAUAAUAGGGUCUAUCACCACUCCUCAAAUAAACACCAAUGUUCAAGUCUUAGUUCGAAGGUGAUGUUAUUUUAAAGUUAUGUAAUGAUUGGACUUUCAGGUCAGCAGGUUUAUGUCACAUAUCAGCCGCAACCUCAUAACAAUGUGCAUAUAUAAUUGUGUGUGUGUGUGUGUACAUAUAAAGGACAAAUGUAUAUAUUUGAACAACUAUACCUUUAAUUAUGGAAUUGGUGCUUGCUAUGACAAGAAAAUCUUCAUACCAAACAUGGAAACUUUGGCAACGGUGCAAUGUACGUCAAUGAUGACGAUAUACGUAAUUACCAUGCGUCUCUACAUAUUCUUCUCUGAUUGGCUGAAUCAGCUCAAGCUCCUCCUAUUUUAUGGCGGACUUCGGUUUCGCUGAAAGCCAAGCGCGGUACCGUGGAAGUGGGGAUAAACCAUUCGCAGCAACGGGGUUGCAAAUUUUCUACAAAAUAUGUAGUAUUGUAUAUUUCCCAAACUGUUUAUAUUUUAAUAAAACAUUUAGACGGUUUAAUAGAGAUAUUAAUGUUACAAACUGAUAAAUGCUACAAGUUAUUAAGUUGUUUAAUACUAUUUAACACGUCAGUCUUUUAGUCUCCCCUAUUCAUAGGUCGUAAAUGUAUCACUCUGGAAUAUGAUGAAACAUCUACCGGCUUUUUUCCAUACAGUGAGAAGACGACGUAACGUGUCUAAAAUUAACUCUAAAUGGCUGAUAUAAGUGUUGUAUUAUAUUUUGGGAGCUUAAUAAACGUAAUUUUGACUUAGCCAAACUUUGAGCCAUAUUUUAAAACGGUUUAAACAGCGGACUGUCAACCGA